AUGAUUUUAAACAAAUAUGGUUCCAAUGAAAAUUUUCCGAAUUUUGAUGUUUACAAAAUACACAUACAUAUUGACAAAACACUAUAUAACACUGAAAUUUAUGAAAGUAAUGCGUCAGAUGAUUAUACGGUACACCAAAUGUGUGACGAUUAUAUUAAAACAUGUGAUGGGUUUGUCAUUGUUUAUGCAAUAAAUUCACGCACUUCAUUUAUUGAAGCAAACAAUUAUAGAGAAAGAAUAUACAAAUUACGUAAUAUUAAAGAAAAUGUACACUUGCCAAUUCUUUUUGUUGGAAACAAAAGUGAUCUGGAGAUACAAAGAACUGUUGACUAUGUAGAGGCAAAAGCAUUAGCAAUAAAAUGGAAUGUCGGGCUUAUUGAAUCUUCAACAAAAACAAAUCAAAACAUCAUGGCUCUAUUCCAGAUGAUUUGUGAAGAUGUUGUUGCGUCGACAAAUAAUAAUACAACGGUUGUAAUCGACAAAAAUACAAAUAGUGUUGUCAAUGAACAACAAAAAUAUGUAUUACACAAAUGUUGUUUAGUUUAA